ACACACACACACACACACAAAUACCAUAAGCACAACCCUGUGGUUUCAAGAGACAGAGUUUGCGAGAGGAAGAGAGUGAAUGUAUAAGAGAGGCAGAACAACAAAGAGAUAAAAUCCAAACCAAAGUGAAUGAAAAGCAAGGAGAUAAACUGCUUCGAUUGAGGAACUGUUGAACUAUACCUCCAUCUCAAACAUGCAGCAGAAGCAGUGGGUGUGUGUGACUGUUCUGGCUCUCUUGCUUGUUACUGAUGUGCUGGCAGAACUUGGGAAGGCAGAGAAACAAGGUAAGAAAGAACGUAAAUCAGGAUGUGGAAUCUGGCAAUGGAGUGUGUGUGUGGCACACGAAGGUGACUGUGGCCUGGGAACUAGAGAGGGAACCCGUACUGGUGCCGACUGCAAGCAGAAAAUCAAAACACUGCGUUGCAAGAUUCCCUGCAACUGGAAGAAGCAGUUUGGAGGUGAAUGCAAGUAUGAAUUCCAGAUUUGGGGUGAGUGCGACUUAGUCACAGGAGUGAAGACCCGGAGUGGUACACUGAAACGUGCUCUCCCAGAUGCUAACUGCCCCACCACUGUCUCUGCCACCAAACCCUGUGGCAAGACCAAAGCCAAGCUACAGGGCUCGGUGAAGCCGAAGCGAGGCGGAAAGAAGAAAGAGCAAGCCCCGAUGGACUAGAGGUGGAAAACAGGAAUAACAGUCACCUUCCUGUGUAUUCUUCUGCCCUGAGAUUGAAGCUACACGAGCGGCAGCAGUAACACGUGGACGGAGAGACAGGAGAAGAUGGAAAAGAGAAAAUUGUCCUCCUCCCCCUUCCCCCCAACCCUUAAAACUGUAGAGAUGUGAAUAGAAAUCUAUAAUAGUGAAUAAAACCUACUAAAUCAUGUACUCAGCUUAUUCUACUGGCAGGAUGUUUGGCUUCUUUUUGAAUAUUCUUCAAAUUGCCCCUUAUUAAAGAUGCAGAUUUUCUUUCACCUGCGUAUCUGCACUGCAACAACUAGACCUUUGUGAGUCAGUCGACCUGUUUGUAGACUUUUUGUUUCGCGGUUCAGAAUUCGUUCUACCGGCAAAUACGUUAGCUUCUUUCCCUUUUUUUUCUUUUUUUUAUAGAUGACCUUCCAAUAGAACAAGUCUAUUUUAAGCUUUCAAGAAAUGAUAAAUAUAAAUUGAAUUAUUGUAGAU